AUGAGGGUCUGCUGCAAUCUGCACCCUGCAACGUCUCAAGACAUGGCCAGAACGGGUAAGGAGGUUGACCUGAAGGCCGAUUGUGGCAGUCUGGCGCUUGUUGUUCCUUGUCCUUUUCUUGAGAGGGUCUGGGUACAGGACCCGGAUGCCACAAUGGUGAUGAUAGGACCCGAAAAUCGGGUGGUUGUCGAUGAGGCAGGUGGGAAUAGGUGUCCCGGGAGAACGGUCACGGCGGCUAUGGUGUUUGGACCCUCUGGGCGAAAUCCCACCUGUCCGGGAUUUGGAAGGCGUGUAACCUGUGAGAGAGGGCCUCGAAAGACGGUCUGGACGAAGGGCGAUCAAACGCGGUUGGGCCUAGCGAGGCAUACUCUUGACGACGUGGCGAAAUUGUCUGGCAGUGGUAACGCUGGAGGUGGUAUGGCGGGAAGACGAAGCAAGAUACGCCGUUGA